CGGAAUGGCCGCGAUGGCACUGGCGGUGGCGGCAGCAUGUUCCCCGGUUCUGGCGCUGGGAGCCCGAAUCGGGCUGCCGAGGCCGUCGGCGAUCCUGCGGCGUUGGUAUCGCACCGAGAAGGGCGUGUACGGUUACAAGCCGAGCCGGAAAGCGGAGAGCGGGGCGGGCGGCAACGCGCAGCGACAGGAUCUCUCCCGGAGAGCAGCUGACCAUGGGCUGGCUCGCUUGGUGGCUGCAUACUAUGAACAUGGGCACAAAGCUGCCAAAAUCAACCCUCUCUUUACUGGCCAAGCUGUGAUGGAUAUGGUACCUGAAAUUCAAGUUCUGACAGAAGCGCUGCAAGGACCUUUCAAUACUGCAGGAGUUUUGAAGAUGGGAAAGGAGGAAGCAUCCCUCGAGGAUGUAUUGUCUUACCUGGAUCAUAUAUACUGUGAACAUAUGUCUAUAGAGACUAGCCAGCUCUCGAGCUUACAAGAAAGGGAGUGGAUUGCUAAACGUUUUGAGGAGUUGAAGCAAGAAGCCUUCACCACAGAAGAGAAAAAGUACUUGUCCAAGCUCAUGCUAGAAUCUCAGGAAUUUGAUCGUUUUUUGGCUACAAAGUUUGCCACAGUGAAAAGAUAUGGUGGUGAAGGAGCAGAGAGCAUGAUGGGUUUCUUUCACGAAUUGUUAAAGAUGUGCUCAUAUAGCGGGGUGACGGACAUAAUACUUGGAAUGCCUCAUCGAGGCAGACUCAAUCUCCUCACAGGCCUUCUUCAGUUUCCGCCUGAGCUGAUGUUCCGGAAAAUGCGAGGCUUGAGUGAAUUUCCUGAGAAUUCACCGGCGAUUGGGGAUGUCCUGUCCCACCUGACAGCAUCAAUAGAUCUGGACUUCGGAUCUCACCGCCCUAUUCACGUCAUCCUGCUACCGAACCCUUCCCAUCUGGAGGCCAUUAACCCUGUGGCGGUUGGCAAAACAAGGGGGAGGCAACAGUCUUUGCUCGAUGGAGAUUACUCCCUCGACAGUUCCGCACAGCCUGGAGACAAAGUCAUCUGCCUGCAGGUUCAUGGUGAUGCGUCCUUCUCUGGUCAAGGCAUCGUUCCCGAAACCUUUACCCUUUCCAAUCUGCCACAUUUUAGAGUAGGUGGCAGUAUCCAUCUCAUUGUCAACAACCAGCUGGGCUACACCACUCCAGCAGAGCGAGGGAGGUCAUCACUGUACUGCAGCGAUAUUGGCAAGAUAGUUGGCUGCGCAGUUAUCCAUGUGAACGGGGAUGACCCCGAAGAAGUCAUCCGAGCCGCCCGAUUGGCUGUUGAAUACCAACGCCACUUCCGUAAGGACGUGAUUGUGGAUUUGCUGUGCUACCGGCAGUGGGGGCACAAUGAACUGGACGAGCCAUCCUUCACGAACCCCACCAUGUAUAAAAUCAUCAGGUCCCGUAAGAGUAUUCCAGACAAUUACACAGAGUGUCUGGUAGCCCAGGGACUCAUAACGGAGGAAGAAGUGUCUGAGAUAAAGACGGCCUAUUACUCCAAGCUGAAUGAGCGUCUGGCCAACAUGACUUUGUACACCCCUCCUUCCACCAAUCUUCAGGCUCAUUGGAGUAACAUGGUGGAGCCGUUGGCAAGGAUCACCACAUGGGACACUGGCAUGCCGGUUCCACUCCUUCAGUUUGUUGGGGCCAAGUCUGUGGACGUGCCAGAGGAAAUGCAGCUGCACGGCCAAAUACUGAAGACACAUGCCCAGUCAAGAAUGCUGAAAAUAGAGGAAGGAGUAAAGUUAGACUGGGCCACAGCUGAGGCGUUAGCUUUUGGUUCUCUACUCUGUCAAGGUUUUAAUAUUCGUCUGAGCGGGCAAGAUGUCGGCAGAGGAACCUUCAGCCAGCGGCACGCAAUGUUGGUUUGCCAGGAGACUGGUGAAACCUACAUCCCUUUGAAUCACAUGUCUCGAGAUCAGAAAGGCUUUCUUGAGGUGAGCAACAGUCCCCUCUCAGAAGAAGCCGUGCUUGGCUUUGAAUAUGGAAUGAGUAUAGAAAGCCCUGGCUUGUUGCCCAUUUGGGAGGCUCAGUUUGGUGAUUUCUUUAACGGAGCUCAGAUAAUAUUGGAUACAUUUAUCUCUGGAGGGGAAGCAAAAUGGCUUUUGCAGAGUGGAAUAGUAAUACUUCUUCCGCAUGGCUACGAUGGGGCAGGACCGGAGCAUUCUUCUUGCCGCAUUGAGCGUUUCUUGCAGAUUUCCGAUAGCUCAGAGGAGGGUGUUGAUGGCGAUCACAUUAAUAUGUCUGUUGUACACCCCACAACCCCAGCGCAGUAUUUCCACCUGCUCCGUAGACAGAUGGUCCGAAACUUCCGGAAACCACUAAUCAUCGCUUCUCCCAAAACCCUGCUCAGAUUGCCUGCCGCUGUGUCAAGUUUACAAGAAAUGGCCCCAGGCACAAUGUUCAGACCAGUCAUUGGCGAUUCAACGGUGGAUCCUAAAAAUGUCAGCAGAGUAGUUCUCUGUUCUGGGAAACAUUACUAUGCUCUGGCGAAACACCGGGAGGCGCUUGACGAAAAGAAGCAGAAUACGGCAAUUAUCAGAUUAGAAGAACUGUGUCCUUUCCCACUAGAAGCUCUGCAGCGGGAGAUCAACAAAUUCACUAAUGCCAAAGCAUUUAUUUGGAGUCAGGAGGAGCCACAGAACAUGGGGCCCUGGACGUUUGUGUCCCCAAGAUUUGAGAAGCAGCUGGCCUGUAAGCUCCAUCUUGUAAGUAGACCAGCCUUACCAGCACCUGCCGUGGGAAUUGGAACGUUACACCAAAAACAACAGGAAGACCUCCUCACAAAAACGUUUGCUUGAGACCUACGUAUUUUGUCAUUUCUUAGAGUUAAAAUAAGGCCUAGCAAGCAAGAAGGCUAUGAACCUGAGCUUGCUUGUGAGGUAUGCUGCUUAAAAUUUUGGGGCCCAAUCCAGUCGAAGUUGAAGUGGAGUUUAAGCCCCAUUCCUUUCAGUGCUUAAAUCUGCUAUGGAAAUUUAUGUGACUUAAAGGCACUUAAUUUUAUCUAGAUCAUGCCCAUAGAAAUUUGCUCACAUGUAAAUGUGAUUUCGGUAUGAAACUUAAAAUACCUUUAUAAAAUUGAAUCUGAGAAAGAUCUCCGACUUUUGUGCAUAUUGCAUUAAUUGCAAAACCUGCAACAUUUUGUAUUUUCUAUUAGCAAAAACAAUAAAAUACACAAAAAACCCUGCUGAAUCAGGUAGGAAAAUGAAAUGCUUCACUUUGUGUUCAAGGAAACUUUUAGGGAUGGUUGGAAUAAAAUACACUAUUAUGUUGAACUGAUUUGUUUUAAAAAAUGUUUUUCUCUUCACGCAACUCUUAAAGGGUUUUUUAAAUCACUAAAUUUAAACCUUGGGAGAUAGGAGGGGGAGGGGGGAAUUCUGUUCCUGUGCUGUACCACUUCAGACCAUGGAUGAGGGAAGCACUUUGUUGAAUUUUCCUCUAUGGGAAAAAAAACUGUGCUUGCACAAAAUUAACAUACACUCAGUAACAUCUGUGGUUCUUUGUGUUGGGUAUUCGUUUUAUUGGGAGCAGAAUUGAGUCAUGUACUCUCCCUUCCGUAUUCAGCAGUGAUACAGUCCAGGAAUAGCUUCACCAUCUCACCUGCCAUUUGUGUGAACUAGGCUUUGGAUCUUAAGGAAUGUUUGUCAAUGGAAAAUCUCAACCAUUUUCUUUAAAACAGAUGAUUUUUUUUCACACCAAUAUGUCAAUGGAGGCAGAUGGAAAGAAGCCUUGUGGGGGGAAAUUGCUACUCUGCAUUCUGUGAAUAUUGAAUGUUGUCAGGUUAUCUCCCCCCCCCCCAUUUUAAGCAGUUCUUCAGUUAGCCUUUAAAUGUUUUCAUUGCAUUCUCCAUAUUCACCAACCAGGCCUUUCAUGAGCUGUGAAAUUCCUUUUGCAGUCUGUUCAUGUGCCAACAAUAAUAACACAAGAGAUGUCAUUUUGUAAUAUUUCACCCUAAUGCAUUUCUAAGUUUCCUGCCUCCCUGUCUUAUCAAAAGGUUCAGAGUGUUGCCUAUGAUCAGGUACCUGUAUUCCACCCCCCAGGCAAUUACCAAAUUCGUAUAAAGGUGUCCUUAGGCAUGCUUUCCACAAUGUUCCUUUUCAAAUUGGCAAUGUAUACCUGAAAACCUACCCUACUCUGGCUUCAUGUUUAAGCUAUAUGAAGCCACAGCAGACUCUGAUGUGCUCAGCCAUUGAUUCUGAAGUUGGUUAUUAUAUUAACAACAUGCAAUGAAAUCUAGUUCACAAAAGGAAGAACAAGGGGGGUUACCUCUAAAGAAUUUAUGACAAUAAAACGUAGUAUAAAUAAUUAAAGGAUUUGCACUGGAUGCUGUGUGAUUUGCAGGGGUAGAAUGUACUGAAAAAGUAUAUCUGAAACUAAAUAAAGACAUUGUAAAGAUGU